CACUAAAAACAAUGGCGUCGCAUUUCAGCGGAGUGCUUCAGCUCACGGAUCUGGAUGACUUUAUCACUCCGUCUCAGGAAUGUGUGAAGCCUGUAAAAGUGGAAAAGAAACAGGGUCGAUCUGUGGCGAAAAUCCAGAUAGAAGACGACGGUAGUUAUUUUCAGGUCCAUCAGGAUGGUCAAAGACAAAAGUUGGAGAAAGCGAAAAUUACUCUGAAUGACUGUCUGGCUUGCAGUGGCUGCAUCACAUCUGCUGAAAGUGUCCUAAUCACACAACAGAGUCAUGAAGAACUGUACCGUGUGCUACGCCAUAAUAAGCAGGUUAGCAGCACUGAGCAGAAGGUGGUGGUGGUGUCUGUAUCGCCUCAGUCCAGAGCUUCUCUUGCUGCACACUAUGGUAUCAGCAGCAGUGAAGUGGCCCAUAGACUCACCGGCUUCCUGAAAAAUUUGGGCGUGCAUCAUGUGUUUGACACGGCCUUCAGUCGCUCCUUCAGCCUGAUAGAGAGCCAGAGGGAGUUUCUACAGCGAUUAAGUCGGAGGGAAACAGACAAGAAGGCCUUGCCUAUGCUGGCAUCUGCAUGUCCAGGGUGGAUUUGCUAUGCUGAGAAGACUCAUGGAGAAUUCAUCCUGCCGUACAUCAGCACAACCCGCUCGCCCCAGCAGAUCAUGGGCUCUCUAGUCAAAGGAUAUUUUGCAUCUCAGAAGGGGGUUUCACCACAGAUGAUUUACCAUGUUACUGUGAUGCCCUGCUAUGACAAAAAACUAGAGGCUUCCAGACCAGACUUCUAUCUCAGUGAGCACGAGACCAGAGAGGUGGACUGUGUCAUCACUUCAGGUGAAGUUUUGAAGAUGCUAGAAGAGGAGAAGGUGUCCUUGAGGGAUGUACAGCCGGCACCGUUAGACACUAUGUUUAGUAAUGUGUGUGGUGAGGAGCUUUUGGGCCACGCAGGAAGUGGAUCUGGCGGAUAUCUUCAUCACAUCUACAAACAUGCUGCCAAACAACUGUUCGGUGUCGACGUUGAUCAGCUCACUUACAAGAUAAUGAAAAAUAAAGACUUCCAGGAAGUGACUCUAGAGAAGGAUGGUCAAGUUCUGCUGCAGUUUGCUGCUGUCUACGGCUUCAGGAACAUUCAGAACCUGGUGCAGAAGCUGAAGCGAGGCAAAUCACCAUACCACUUUGUCGAAGUAAUGGCAUGUCCUUCAGGAUGUCUGAAUGGCGGCGGGCAGCUCAAGCCUUCAGCAGAUCAGUCCAACAAAGAGUUACUUCAGCAGGUGGAGGAGGUUUAUGGCAGCGAACAUCCCUCUGUGCCAGAGGACGACUCACGAGUGGCUGAACUCUAUCAGGGCUGGUUAGAGAGCGUGGGAGAGGAGAAAGCCCGACAGCUACUGCACACACAGUACCACGCUGUUGAAAAAAAUGCCAAUGGACUGAGUAUAAAGUGGUAAGGAGCUGCCCAGAUACUGAUCGACCAAUUUAUUGUUUAUUUGUUUGAUUAAGAAACAAACAAACACUAUAUUAAAGGGAUAGUUCACACACAAAUGUAUAUUUGCUGUUCAUUUACUCACCCACUAGCUGCAAAGUUCAGAUUUUUAGUUCAGCUGUGGUCAAUAAUAAAAAGUCAAUAAUAAAUACCCGAGGCUCCUCAUGACAUGAGUAUUUUUAAAUAAAGGUGAUGUAAACCAACCACGGCUAUGGGUUGACGUAAUAAUGUUGCAGUUUUGUAAAUAAUGUAUUAAUUGUGUUUUUCCUGGAUGUGUCUCUUUGACUCUCUAAGUCCCGGUGGCCAUUGAUUUGUAUUUUAUGAACUACGGUUUCAGCUAAAAAUCUUCAAGUUUUUUGUGUGAACUAACCCUUUAAUAUCUUUCUGUGUAUUUUAAAUCAACGUGCACUGACACUACACCAACUAAACAAGCAAUAAAUGCAUUUAUGCAUGUGGAUGAAGUAUUUUUUCCUCCCAAUAUAUUUCUACAAGGUAUCUGCUGAAGAACUACAUAUCAAAUCCUCUAUGUAUUUUAUUUCUAUGUUCAUGAAUGUUGCCUUGGGUCAUUUCCUUUUCCAUUUACAGAUGAGUCUGUUUCUCUUAAAUUGUUAAAUGUAAAAAAAUGGAGCUUCUCUAAAUGGACUUUAUUUGUUACUGUGUGGUAUGGACUGAAAACAGUAUCUUGGUCUUGUUUCUGUGAAUAUUUCUUGAUUUUUUUGAUGGUAAUAAAAAUAUAAUUGAAUGUAUUCAUUCCAUCAAGCUAAUUAUAUUUAUUGAUAAAAUAAACUAAGCGUAUAUUUUA